AUGAUGAAGCGAAAGCUUGCAAGUCAGGAGAAUGAUGGGCAUAUCCCAAAACGCAAGAUCCGGUCAUGUGAGACUUGCCGACGGCUCAAAACCAGGUGUGAGACGCAGAAUAAUACAACUGCUUGUCAUAGAUGUGAACUUCUGAAAUUAGAUUGCUCCCUUGCUGCAGAGGCAUUUGAAACUCCAGCCACUCCACCGGACGAGCUUGAUAAGCCCUUGCCUCAACCAGAAGCAGUCUUUCAGGCAACUCCUCAGCCAUGGCAAGAUUAUAGUCAGAGGUUAAUUGCGGUUGAGAAUUCAUUGGCUCAUGUGAGAUCAUCGCUCGACGAACUGUUGCGAUUGUCAACUCGAGCGUCCAGCUCCCAAACGGCUUUCCACAGGUCGAGGAUGCGGACGGAGGUGCCAAAUUCCCCUAUAACAGCUCCCUUAAACUCCCAAAGCAACGGGCCCCUUGUCGCGGACCGAAAUUCACGCAUUGCGCCUAUGAGCCUGAUUCGUGAUAUGACCCACUACAUUCUCGGCGACGAGAGAGAGCAGCAUAGAAGUGAUGUCUCGGACGACAUAGUGACCAAAGGAAUUAUCACGGAGGAGUUGGCUCAUGCUCUUUUUGCCGGUUUCACCCAACUCUCCCGUCGGUGGCAUUUCAUGAAAUCGCAUAACCCGACGGACUUACGGCAAACAUCUUCACUACUGUUUGCGAGCUGCGUUCUUUCUGGUCUUCAAAUUGACUCUAGUCUUCAUGGGUCGCAACUCCACCAUGAUCUUUACCAGCACGUCAGUGGCCUUCUGAGCAGGUCGAUGCUCGUUUCUCCGCUUUCACUGGAGGCCAUACAAUCUAUGCUUAUUUUCUCGAUGUGGAAUCUGGUACCAAACAAGGAUGUGGAAUAUCUUGAUACAUGGCUACUGAGUGGAGUAGCUGGAAUGCAGGGAAUGCUCGCAAUUAAUUUUGAGCAGCUCCUAAAGCCACGGAUGUGCGGUAUGGUAGAUCCAAAAUCAAGAGAAACGCUACGAUCGUGGAAUUUGAUAUGUCUCUGCCACCUACAAUUUUCAGCGGGUACUGGUAGACCUCCUGUAAUCUCCAGGCAAUACCUUAAGCAGUGCAAAAAUAUCUUAGAGCUGCCUUCAUACACCUCGCGAGAUCGGCUCGUGGCAUCUGGGGUAGACCUUUACGAUGCCCUCUGUAACGUGGUCAACUCCGAAUCGGUUCAGACCGACAGCCUAGUUUGGGAUGAGAUUGACGACUGGAGGAAACGAUGUGGGGAGUUUUUCGAACUGGAUUCAACCAAACCUCUCCGCUUCGCGUAUUCCUGCUCAUACUUGAUUCUGACACGCCGGACACUGAAGUAUCUAUCUGAACAGCCGUCAAAGGAACAGACCCAGAACGCAGCCACCGACCUGGACCCGAGUCUAUUCAUCCAACUUGCUGUGGAACACGCUCAUCGUAUUCUUCACCUUUUCCUGGCCAUGUCUGAUCUCACAGCAUUUGUCAGACCAGCGUACGAAAACCUGCUCUGUUCCUUCGCUAUGGUCACAUUAAGUGAGUUCGCCACCUACCUGGAUGAUAUUGAUGCCACCCUUGCUUUAAUGGAAAGAACCUCUCAGCAUGUUCAACUUGGUGGGAAGGCGGAACCGGUGUCGAAGUGGGCAUUGAGUGUGAUGAGGAAAUACGUCUUUGAUAUGAAGAGAGCUUCAGGACAUGACCUCACCCAACGCGAGACUUUUAUUCCAAGACCGAAUCUGGGCGAUUUGACUGGGACCAGUAUUGCCUUGCCUGACGACGUUCAGGCUGGCGAAUGGAGCACAGGAGAUGUGACAUAUCAAGACUUCCCAUCAUUAGAAGAGAUGUUCCUUGGGAACUAA